AUGAGCCGAUCACCCCGCAACGCCAUACAUCUCCGAUCCGUGGGCUCCCAGGGUACCAUGGCUUCCCUGCCGCAGCCGUCUGCUGUCCGGAAUCCCUCCUCUCACUCUUGGGCCUCUGUGUGUGGGUCUCCUCCCUGGGACCUCAGCUGUCUUCUGGCUCUGCAGCAUAUCUUGGUCCUGGCUUCUCUGCUCUGCACCUCCCACCUGCUCCUGCUUCAAUGUCUCCCUGCAGGAGGACUCUCUUCCUCCCCUGCCCAGCUCCUGGCCUCCAGCCUCUUUUCAUGUGGCGUGUCUACAGCCCUGCAAACUUGGAUGGGCAGCAGGCUGCCUCUUAUCCAGGCUCCAUCCUUAGAGUUUCUUAUCCCUGGUCUGGUGCUGACCAGUCAGAAGCUACCUCUGACCACCUGGACACCUGGAAACUGUAAGCACAGAGCAAGGGCACAGGCCUCCCUUGUGCUGCGCCUGUGUGGGGGACCUGGCUGCCACGGCCUGGAGCUCUGGAACACUUCUCUCCGAGAAGUGUCUGGGGCCGUGGUGGUCUCCGGGCUGCUGCAGGUCAUGCUGGGGCUGUUCGGGGGUCCUGGCCACUUGUUCCCCCACUGUGGGCCCCUGGUGCUGGCCCCCAGCCUAGUUGUGGCAGGGCUCUCGGCCCACAGGGAGGUAGCCCUGUUCUGCUCUGCUCACUGGGGCCUGGCAUCGCUGCUUAUCCUGCUCAUGGUGGUCUGUUCUCAGCACCUGGGCGCCUGCCUGUUACCGCCUCGCCCCUGGAGGCGAGCUUCCACCUCUUCAACCCACACUCACAUCCCUGUCUUCAGGCUCCUCUCGGUGCUGAUCCCAGUAGUUUGUGUGUGGAUCAUCUCUGCCCUUCUGGGUCUCAGUAUCACCCCCUGGGAGCUGUCCGCCGAGGCACCGUGGUUUUGGCUGCCUCACCCAGCUGAGUGGGACUGGCCCUUGCUGACACCCAGGGCUCUGGCUGCAGGCAUCUCUAUGGCCUUGGCAGCUUCCACCAGUUCCCUGGGCUGCUACGCCCUGUGUGGCCAGCUGCUGCAUUUGCCUUCUCCACCUCCGCAUGCCUGUAGCCGAGGGCUGAGCCUGGAGGGUCUGGGCAGUGUGCUGGCCGGGCUGUUGGGGAGCCCCAUGGGCACUGCAUCCAGCUUCCCCAACGUGGGCACAGUGAGCCUUCUCCAGGCUGGAUCUCGGCGAGUGGCCCACUUGGUGGGGCUGCUCUGCGUGGUGCUUGGGCUCUCCCCGAGGCUGGUCCAGCUCUUCACCACCAUCCCGCUGCCUGUGCUUGGUGGGGUGCUGGGGGUGACCCAGGCCGUGGUUCUGUCUACUGGAUUCUCCAGCUUCCACUUGGCUGACAUUGACUCCGGGCGGAAUGUCUUCAUUGUUGGCUUCUCCAUCUUCAUGGCCCUGUUGCUGCCAAGAUGGUUUCGGGAAGCUCCAGUCCUACUGAGCACAGGCUGGAGCCCCUUGGAUGUGUUACUACGCUCACUGCUCACAGAGCCCAUCUUCCUGGCCGGACUUUUGGGCUUCCUCCUAGAGAACACCAUUCCUGGCACACAGCUUGAGCGAGGCCUAGGUCAAGGGCUGCCAUCUUCUUUCACUGCCCAAGAGGUUCGGAUGCCUCAGAAGUCCAGGGAGAAGCCUGCUCAAGAGUAUGAGCUUCCUUUCUUCAUCCAAAACCUGUGUCCCUGCAUUCCCCAGCCCCUCCGUUGCCUCUGCCCACUGCCCGAAGACUCUGGGCAUGAAGAAGGAGUGCCCUCUGAGCCAGGAGAGACAGCCGACUUGCUGCCUAGCUUUGGGGAGCAGUGCCCUGGGUCUAGCAGAGAAGAACUUAGGUCCCAAUAAUUACCAGGACUCCAGCUUCCACCUUGAUUACUUUAGCCCUAUCUCUCAGCUUGCUGGAGAGCCAGAUCCCAGGCUCUACUUUCUCCCAGGGAGAGGAUGUGUGUGUGUGUGUGUGUUUCACACGGGCCCACGUAAAGGUCUCAUUUCCCCAAAGGUGUGUUUGCCUUUCCUUCUCUUAAUUAGGCCCAACUGUUCCAGAGCAGGGCCGUGGUUUAUGGGCCAUGACUGAAUGAUAUUUUGCCUGUGAACUAUCUGUACUCGAACCCCAGCAUUCACUAACUGAUAUUUAUUAUGCCUCCUAUGUGCAAGGUCCUGGAAAUACAGAUAUGGAUAAGGCAGGGUCUCUGCCCUCUCAAACACUUAUGGUUUAAAAAGACAUGUAAUUAC